AGGUGGGCACGGGCAUCACCCCGUACGGCAACCUGCCCCUGCGGAAGGACGGCAAUGCGCUCGAUCCGAAAGUGAUGGAUUGUUUGCGCUUGCUCGCCAAAGACCCGCUGAACUCGGUGGUCGUCAUCAGCGGCCGCAGCCCCGAGUUCCUGGACAGGGUCGGGCUCUCCCAAGUAGAGGGGCUUGGCCUCUGCGCGGAGUACGGGUUCUCGAGGGGGGAGGAACAUACGUAUUUGUUUCCCAUUGCCUCGCGGUCUGGAGAUUGGUGCCGCGUCCCCAUGAAGUCAGGGCAGCUUUGCGCGGAUGCUCCGAACGGUACGCAUCCGUGAGCCCUGUAUCCAUGGGAUCGCGCUUCGGAUUCCAGACCAUCAGGGCAGGGCUAUUGAUCUGUUCGUUGCCAUUAAGGUUCUAUUACCAGGAUCCAGGGCGGAUCGAGAAAGCCAGCAGGGCGAAGGGCGGCGGCAGCGAGGGCUCGGACCGCUGGAAGUGUUCCUCGGCCAGCACCACCGACGAUGCCGACUGGAAGGAGAUUGUGUUCGAGCUUAUGAAGAUGUACGCGAAGCGAGUGCAGGGCAGCAUCAUCGAGUACAAGGGGGCCGCGAUCAGCUGGAACUACCGCGAGGUGGGCGCGCAGAUCCUGGCCAAGGAGAUGGCGCUGCAGCUGAUGCGGUUUCUGGACCCGGAGGAGCCGGACGGCCUCAUGCGUGGUUAUCCAGUGACAGUUGCAGCUGGCAAAGGCUACGUAGAGGUGGGACGCUCGGACAUCAACAAAGGUAUCAGCGUCAAGCGAAUGCUUGCUGAGAUACAGCAGCACAUCGGGAACCUCGAUUUCGUGCUUUGCAUUGGCGAUGACAGAUCUGACGAGCACAUGUUUGAAGCCGUCAGCGAAUACCGCCAGUCCAAGACGAAAGAGGAGAAGAGAUCAUUCAACGCAUCCACCAACUCGCUGGGAGCAUUGUCGUCGCCGAGGUUCGGCGACGGGGACGGGCAGUCCCUGUCGGGCGCGGCCGCGAAGCAGAUGAGCAAGAAGGCGUCCAUGACCAUCGAGGCGCUGGAGGAGGCCGAGAAAGCGCUCAACCAGAGGUUCUACACGGUGACGGUGGGCCGGAAGCGGUCUAAAGCCGGGUAUUUCGUGCAGGAUGUCAGCAACGUCAGCGAGUUGUUGACUCAGCUGACCGCGCAGACCACGAAGGCGCAGUUCUCGAGGUUCCAGUCCAUGCCCAACUUAGCCGGAGCAGGGUCGCCAGAGCUCUCCGGCUCCGACGAGGACUGAGUUAGGCAGCCCAUUUUCGGAUGUUGACGAAGUAUUAGGUCUUCACAUGUGGGAAGGGGAGGAUGUCGAACAGAUUCUCGACUUACCCUCGCCCGAUGUUAUCCUCGUCCUGGCUUCGUCUGUGGAGGUUCGCCGCACACGAGCAGUGCACGAUCGCGCUGCCCGGGUGUCCUUCGGCCGCUGGCCAGGGAGCGGAGAUGCGCUCUUUGCUGCGGGGGGGGGGCUGGGGCAGCGCGCCCGCCGUCUCCUGGCCGAGCUCUCGCAGGGCGCGCGGGUGCGAAUUGCGGCCCCCCCCCCUGCCUCCCUUCAUACAGGGAGGAGGAGGUUGGACUUUGGUGGUUAUUUGUCCAUUCCAUCCUCCUAUCUCGGAUUGUGUUUCCCGGCCCGGCGUGUUGUUGUGCGUAGGUGGGUCAGCAUUGGAUUGCGAGACUGGUUUAAGCAAGCGCGCCAUUCCUG